UUUAUCAAUCCCAAGGAAGACAACGUUAAUUCUUUGUAUAUGGGUCUUGAAGUUGCUGAUCCUGAAUCAUUGCCUUCUGGAUGGAGAAGAUACGUAAAGCUUCGGCUAUCUGUAGCAAACCUAUAUUUUGGAGAAGUUGCAUUACUGAAUGAAAUGCAUCUCUGGUUUGAUCAGAAGAAAUUGAGCUUUGGGUCUUCAACUAAUGUUCCUCUUACCAAACUCCUUGACGAAAAGGAAGGGUUCCAAGUAGAUGGAGAACUCAUGAUUGUUGCUGAGGUGGAAGUUCAUCAAGUUGUCGGCACAUAUGAUUGCUCAGAAGAAUCUGAAGAAGCAUAUGAAUCUUUUGAUAUACUCAACGAGACUCAAGAAUACAUCGAUGUCAAUGGGUUUCAGGUUCUUCCAUCACAGGUUGAAUUUGCGAGAUGUAUUUUUGAAAGACAUCCAGAUAUUGCAGUAGGGUUCCGUUCAAAGAACCAACUUCUGAGGAAAACAUCUAUGAAUUUCCUGCUCAACUUAAUCGAAACUCUAGGCCAAUCUCUUCAGGACCUCUCCAGUGAAGAUCUUGAGGAUGCAGACAUUGCUCUGACAGACUUGAAAGAUGUUGGCUUUGAAGUGAAGUGGUUGGAGUCGAUACUUGACGACGUAAAAGAAAAGAAGGAGAAAGAAGAGUCUAGUUUGGUUAGGCUACGAGAAAUGGAUGAUACUUUACUGAAACUGAAGCAAAAAUGUUCAGACCUUGAUGCUCUAGUGAAGGAGGAGAAGGCAGAGUUGUCGGCCACCAGAACCCCUCUCUCAUACUAUGAUGUUGUUUGA